AUGAUCAUUUCAGAAACAUACGGUAACAGGAUUCGCAGAGUAUUAACAAAUGGAACUAUCAUUCCACUGGCAGGGAGUGGAAGUUCAAAUGAUUGUGCAGGUAUUACAGCAUCUAACACUCCAUUGGUAAGUCCAAAAGGAACUUAUUUUAGUGCGAAUGGAGAUAUUUAUGUAGCUGAAACUCAAGGUCAUAGGAUUAGUAGAAUUUCAAAGAAUGGAAUGAUUGACUCUAUUGCUGGUACAGGUAAAUUUGGUUUUAAUGGAGAUAAUUUAUUUGCUACAGAUACACAAUUAUCAAAUCCUUUUGCAGUUGCCUUUGAUCUAGAAACCCAAUUGAUUGUCUCAGAUUCUGGUAAUCAUGUCAUUCGUAAAAUUCUUAGAAAUGGAACAAUGGUCAUUAUUGCUGGAACUGGACAAUCAGGAUAUAAUGGAGAUGGAAUUGAUGCUAAGAUUGCAAAAUUAAAUAAUCCAUCAGGUAUUGUUGUGGAUUCUAAAACUGGUGAGCUUUUUAUUGCUGACACUGCUAAUAAUAGAAUUAGAAAGAUUUUAACAAACGGUACUAUAAUAACUAUUGCUGGAACAGGUGAAACAGGAUAUAAUGGAGAUGGAAUUGAUGCAACAAGCGCUCAAAUAAGAGGCGUGUAUGGUAUUGCCCUUGAUGUUAAUUCUGAGCUCUACAUUGCUGAUGCUAAUAAUUAUAGGAUUAGAAAGAUUUUAUCAAAUGGAACAAUUAUAACUAUUGCUGGAAAUGGAGGCUAUGGUUUCAUUGAUAAUGUUCUUGCAACAAAUGCCAAACUUGCUUUCGUUAAUGGAAUUGCUGUAGAUACGAACGGUGAAGUUUAUAUUACUGAGUCUGAGAAUGGAUUUUCAAAUCAUCGAAUUCGUAAAAUAUUGACAAAUGGAACCAUUAUAACAUUUUCAGGAACUGGUUCAAGAGGUUAUUAUGGUGAUAAUGUGGAAGCAGCUGAUGCCAAAUUCUAUACUCCUUAUUUCGUUUCUGUUCGCCAAACAACAGGUGAGGUGCUUAUUUCAGAUACUGGAAAUAAUUUCUUGAGAUUGGUUUCAACAACUCGUCUAUGCAAUGGAACUCUAGCAAGUGAUCCUAUGGUUUGUAGUGGGCACGGAAUAUGUUAUUUAACAGAUGUUUGCACUUGUAACCCUGGCUAUAUUGGUUCAUUAUGUGAUGUUGUGGCAUGUAAUGGUUUCAAUUCGAGUGAUCCUAGAGCUUGUAAUGGACAUGGUAUUUGUGAAGGACCAAACAUUUGUAAUUGCACUACAGGUUAUGUUGGUUCAUUUUGUGAUGUUUCUUUGUGUUAUGGUUUCAAUUCGAGUGAUUCAAGAGUUUGUAAUGGACAUGGUAUUUGUGAAGGACCAGAUAUUUGUAAUUGCAGCACAGGUUAUAUUGGCCCACUAUGUGAUGAUGUGGCAUGUGAUGGUUUCAAUUCAAGUGAUUCAAGAGCUUGUAAUGGACAUGGUAUCUGUGAAGGACCAAACAUUUGUAAUUGCAGCACAGGUUAUAUUGGUUCAUUUUGUGAUGUUGUGGCAUGUGAUGGUUUUAAAAUAAGUGAUCCUAGAGCUUGUAAUAGACAUGGUAUUUGUGAAGGCCCAAACAUUUGUAAUUGCACUACAGGUUAUGUUGGUUCAUUUUGUGAUGUUUCUUUGUGUUAUGGUUUCAAUUCGAGUGAUCCUAGAGUUUGUAAUGGACAUGGUAUUUGUGAAGGACCAGAUGUUUGCAAUUGUACCACAGGUUAUGUUGGUUCAUUUUGUGAUGUUGUGGCAUGUGAUGGUUUCAAUUCAAGUGAUUCAAGAGCUUGUAAUAGACAUGGUAUUUGUGAAGGCCCAAACAUUUGUAAUUGCACUACAGGUUAUGUUGGUUCAUUUUGUGAUGUUUCUUUGUGUUAUGGUUUCAAUUCAAGUGAUCCUAGAGUUUGUAAUAGACAUGGUAUCUGUGAAGGCCCAAACAUUUGUAAUUGCACUACAGGUUAUGUUGGUUCAUUUUGUGAUGUUUCUUUGUGUUAUGGUUUCAAUUCGAGUGAUCCUAGAGCUUGUAAUGGACAUGGUAUUUGUGAAGGACCAGAUGUUUGCAAUUGUACCACAGGUUAUGUUGGUUCAUUUUGUGAUGUUUCUUUGUGUAAUGGUUUCAAUUCGAGUGAUCCUAGAGUUUGUAAUGGACAUGGUAUCUGUGAAGGCCCAAACAUUUUUACCAUUCAAACAAGCUCUGAACAAUUAUAUGCAAACCUUUUUAUUGAUACUAUUUCCAGUAAGAAGGUAACACUUGUGGUUGCAAAUCAAGAUUUAGAACAAAGUAAUGAAGCGGAAACUUGGAGUUACGUUUGUCAAGAUGAAAAUUUUACUAAUUGUGGUCAGACAAUUGCCAAUAUUCUCUCGAAUUAUGCUUCUAUCAAAUCUAAAACUUUGGAAUUAUCAGCAGAUAAUUUCCCAUCCAUUGAUUCCACAUAUUCAAUUACUUUAAACAUUGUAAAGGGAGUAAGAAGUUUUUCAUCUUUAAUUUCCUUGAAAUUUCCAAAAGAAAACCAAAAACUUCCUCCAAUAGUUAACUUAUUGAAUGUUAUUCCAAAUAGAAACAGAUUAAGCAAAUCUGAAUUUUUGAAUUUACAAAUUUCUGUCACUAACAGUGAUGGAUUGGAUGUCAAAAAUUUAAAAAGAGAAUGGAAAUUGAAUGGACAAUCAAUUGAUGAUAACUAUUUAACCAAGAUGAGUACAGCAUUAUCAGAUUCUAACAAUAUCGUUUUAAGUAUCACCUAUUUAGAUGAAGGUUCAUCUAACGUAUUGACAUGUCAAGUCACAGAUUUGGAUAGUCAAUUGUCAAGCACUUUUAGUUACUCAUUUUCAAUUAUUACAUCACCUAAACCAUGUCCAUGUUCAGUUUCACCAUCUACAGGAUAUGCGUUAGAAACAGAAUUUACCUUCUCAUGCACAAACUGCCAAAAUAAGGACAAUACUCUAGCAUUUAGUCUAUCAUUUGUAGAUGAUAAAUCUGGAGCUCUUAUUCCACUUGUAAUUGAAGGUGGAAACACAUUUACCACAAAGCUUCCAUAUCCAAUUUCCAAUCCAUUAAUGUUUGACAUUACAAUUGUUGACAUAGAGACACUUGCAUCAGUUCAAAACUAUCAAAACAUUCAGAUGAUUUUACCAAAAGCAAGUUCUGUUCGUGAAGUCAAAACAAAAGUUGCCAAGUGGAAUACUUUCCAAACUUCACUUCAACAAAAUGAUUUGAGAAGAAUGAUUUUCUCAUCUGCAAUUAUUUCUAGAACCUCUGAGGCAAUGAUUUCAGCAAUCAGUGGAAGAAGAUCUAUUUGUUUGAACGGCGGAGUUUAUAAUUCUCAAUUAAGAAAAUGUAUUUGUGUGAAUGGAUACAAAAAGAAAGAUUGCAGCCUUAAUGAAGAAGAUUUCACAUUGUUAACUGAAUUUAAAGGUGAAUUAUUUAAUAACUUUUUAUUUGCAUUCAAAAACAGACAAGAACAAAUGUCUGAAAUGUAUAUCAUCUAUCAAUUAUAUGGCUUGGAUUCACUUUUAUCAAAUUAUGAUGAAUUGAAUGCUGAGAUGUUUGCAAAUGGAGUCCAAUUCUUCAAGGAUUUAAUAUCUUCCGCUGUUAGUGUUUCUAAUUUACAUCUAAGACCUGGAAUUGACAAAUUAACUCAAAAUAUUAUCAACUCACUUUACAGAUAUUUGAUUUAUAAUGGAUGUAUUGAAAAGGAAUGUUUGAGAGAUCAUGUUAUUGAAAUGAUAAGCAUGUUGAAAGAAAUUUCACAACUAUUACUCAGAUCCAAACUUGUAGGAGAAAGUGAUCUGAAAUUAGACACUGAUUUUAUGGUGUUAUUGACAAAUAAGAACUAUAGAUACCAUUUCAAUAGUUUGAAAGUUCAAAAUUUAACUUUACCUACCAAUGAUGAAGGAAUUUCUUCAAUUAAUAACAGAAUGCUAUUGUCUUUCAUUUCAACUAGUUCACAUAAUUUGGCCAACAAAAUUGAGUCAACAAUUGAAGUUUAUGAGAAGGUAGAAAAUAAUAGAAAAGAGACUCAAACAAUCACCAAGGAUUAUUCUAUUACUUCAAAUGUUAUAAGUUUUUCCUUUUUAAGAGACCUCCAAAUGAAUCAAUCCAUUUCCUUCUCCUUCCCUAGAAAUGAUCAAUUUUCCGCAAGAAGCGAGCAAUCAUUCGAAUAUUCAUGUAUUGUAAUUUGGAAUAUCACUCAAGUUAGACCAGAAAAUGAAAAUAAUAAUUGUAAAAUAGUUGUCAACCAAGAAACAAUUAUUUGUCAAUGUCCAUAUCAAAACCAAACUCAAGUAGGUGUUUUGAGAACAGCCAUUUCGAGACGUGUUUCAGUUGAACAAGUAGCUCAACCUUCAGAUUCAAGUAAUUUACUCUAUCUAUUAUUUUUACUCUUUUUAGUAUUGUUUAUUAUUUUAAUUGUAAUAAUAAUUGGAAUUGUUAUUGUAUGUCUGGUUAAAAGAAGGAGAAAUGGUGGUAGUAAAAAGUCAGCAGCACAUGUUGAAAUGGAGACUGUUAAAACUUCGACAGUUUAG